ACAGGUGUUUCCCACCUUCCUUUGAGUCACAUUCUUUACAAUCCCUCUUUGUAACAGGUAGUUUCAUUGGUUCGAGACACCAGUCUUCGGGUUUCUUCGUCUUUUUCGAAUGUAUGCAGCACAACAUCAUCAUGGUGCCUCGUGCCACAUGCAAUUAAUAAUAAUUCUAAAGUCAAUCCACACUCGCAUAUAAAUUGACGAUAUAUUCGCAACGAUGCGUUUUUCCAAAAAUAAAAUUUAAAAAAAUGACAGAAACAUUCUUGUAGAGUUCAUCGGCAAACCAACGAGUUCACGAUGGCACCUUGACAUCCUUUCACAUACAAUCCUGAAGCACCGCUCCGAUGUUUGCCGAUCUCGACGGGCCCGGUCGCCAUGUUGGUCUCGCAACGUUUAAGCCAAUAGUGUGUCGCGUUACCUGCGCCGCACCUGGGGCAAGUAGGAACGGUGCGUAGAGAUCGACGGCGAUCGGCGAAUUACGGUCGGAUUAGUCGCCGGAGUAUUUGCGGUCGAGCAUGUUCGGGACGUAGGGGCUCCGUCGCUGUCUCUGUGUCGCCUCGGGAUCGAGCGCCUUCCCCUCAUCCCGCCCUCCCCGUCUUCUCCGUCUCCGUCGCUUCGACGUGUGCGUAUGCGGAGCGCGUUGUGAAAAAUUUGUAAAUAGUUGUAAUCAGCGCGGCACAUCCUGGUUACCAUGCCGUACUACAACAGUGGUCACAGUCCCGCUUACAACAAAGAUGGAGGUUCCAGCGGGCCGUCGAGCACUUCGGGCGGCCGCGCCAGCAGCUCGGAGCCGACGUAUAUGAUGGAGCACUUGGCCACGUUCACCGUCACGAAGGAAACCGGUAUUGUUUAUCCGGCGGACGGUAUGCGCCGGCUCCUGCAGCUGGAGAAAAGCAAUGGCAUUUGGAGUCAAAAAAUGCAGCUCCGUCUGGAGCGAAACUGGGUCCUUAUCAUGGACAACGAGACAGGGGCCGUCAUGGAGCGAUUCCCGGCGGCGCUGAUACAGGAACCGACGGCGUUCACGUCCAGGGAUCCCAUGGAGAUGUACAACAACAUUCUGGUCUUCACCGUGGCCGACGACAGCGGUUCCGGCCAGCGGGCUGAAAUGCACAUAUUCCAGUGUCAGAGCGUGUCGGCGCAGGAUCUUGUCGAGGAUCUAAAGAUGCUGCAAAUGGGAAAACUGGUCACAGGCGGCUCGCCUAGAGGUCCGAGGGGUCAUAUUCCACCCCCGCCCGCCCUGCCGCCACCGGAACCACCUCUGAACGGCGUCAGCGUCAGGGAACAAGUAUCCGCUUUCAACGCGAAUGCAGACGGCCAGAACGACAUAUCCCGCGAAGAGAACAAUGACGAGGUGUCGUCGACGUCGUCGGAGAAGUACGAGCGCGACGUGACGAUUCUGAAUCACUGUUUCGACGAUAUCGAGAAGUUUAUCGCGCGCCUGCAGCACGCGGCUGCCGCGUCCCGCGAGCUGGAGCGCCGUCGGCGCAAUCGAAAGUCGAAGAAGAGAAACCUCGGCGACGGCAUGUUGACGAUGAGAGCGAAGCCGCCGCCCGAGAUGGAGUUCAUCGACAUCUUCCAGAAGUUCAAGCUCUCGUUUAACCUGCUGGCCAAGCUCAAGGCGCACAUCCACGAUCCUAAUGCGCCGGAGCUCGUGCACUUUCUCUUCACGCCGCUUGCGCUGAUCGUGGACGCUUCUCACGACACUAAUUACGACCCGAACUUACCCAGUAAGGUAGUGUCGCCGUUACUAACGCGAGAAGCGGUCAAUCUGCUAAUAAACUGCGUGACCAGCAAAGAGACCGAGCUCUGGCACUCGCUGGGCGACACGUGGCUGAUACCGCGCGACCAAUGGAAGGGCCAUGUCCCGCCGUACCACCCGAUCUUCAUGGACGGCUGGUCACCGGAGUAUCCCAUCCCCGAGGACAGAGAUCACGAUCACCUGGCGUCCUUGCUGAACGCGGACAAGCAGAAGAGGGACGAGUUACCGGAACAGCAGAACGAUUCUUACUACAACCAUCGCGAUGUUGAUGAAUCGCAUUACAGCAGCGACUAUCUGGAAUACGAGAGCCGGGAGGAACGCGGCGGUAACGAGUACUUCGACAGGAAUUACGGGCCCAGCUCGGAGUUGUACGGACGUGAAGACCGAGUGGAUCAGACCAGGGCGCACAGCGACAUUUCCGUGGAUUCGAUCGAGAGAGCUCCCAGAGCGGCCGCUGGCCUGGACAGAGCGCAAGAAGCGUGGCUGGACGAGCUGGUGGCGCGUCACGCUAAAAUCGUGCAGGUCACUUAUCCGCGAACAGCGAACAACGACAAGGAGCUCACGGUGGUGAGAGGCGAGUACUUGGAAGUUCUCGAUGACAGCAGGAAAUGGUGGAAGGCGAGGAACUCGCGAGGACAGGUUGCUCACGUACCGCACACUAUCGUCACGCCGCAUAAUCCCGCCGCUCAUUCCGCUGAUAAUGAUGUCUUUAACAAUCCUCUGUACACCAGCAGAUACCCGAGGCAGGGGCAUGGCUAUAAUUAUGAGGAUUCGGAAAUUGAGAGAACCAGCACUAGUCCAGGUCUGGAAGCUACUCACCGAACACACGCGAUUCCGCCGCCGGCGCCUGCAGAUUGGGUGAGAAAGGAAAGACUCGGGAAAAAAGACAACAUCAGCGCGUACAAUGGAGCUAUUAGUCACAGCAAUAGGUCCAGCAUUUCCUCCAUCGACAGUAUUUCCGAAGCGAACGGCAGAAUACACACGCAGCAGAGCAUCGUGGAGGUGCACUCGCCGCCCCGUGAUUUAAUGCCGGAUAUAAUCGGCAAGCCGGAUUCACCACCGCCAGCAUUAUCUGCACCGACAUUACUGUUAGCACCACCUGCGUCGAAGCCGAUACCAGCAUUACCAGCACCGAAGCAGAUACCAGCACUACCCGCACCGAAGCCAACCUCGAAACAGCUGCCUGCGUUGCCUGCGUUGAAAUCAACGCCCACGCUAUCCGCGCUGAAGCCGGCACUGGUGCUACCGGUCGCGAAACCGAUAGUAUCAUCUGCAUCCAAAUCAGCACCGGCAUCACCUGCAUUAAUGCCAACGUCAAUCGUGCCUUUAACGCCUCCACCGCCUCCGCCGCCCCCGCCGUCCACGCCAUUAACUCCUGCCCCGCCAAAUCAAAUUCAGAAAUUUGCGCCAGUGGGAACUUCUACGCCCAACAAAACGGACACUUUUAAAAGUACGAAAUUUUCCAAUGGUACCUCCAAUCAAGAUGAAGUUCAAAAGGAGCUCAAGUUCGUCCUGACAAUGUUCCGAGAGAAGAAAGCGAAUUCUGCUCUCAGCAAUGACACGUACGAGGUUUGGUUGACUCAACAUUCGACCCCUCGCGAAGUCCAGGCUUGGUUGGCGGCGAAAGGAUUCUCGGAAAAAAUUCGCAAGCAAUUGGAGGAGAUGAACGGUACAGAUUUGUUUAAUUUACCGCGACGGCGAUUAGAGCAAUUAUGCGGAUUGUCUGAGGGCAGCAGACUUAACGGCCAAUUAACCCUAACGAAGAACGAAUGCGAGUACAAAACCGCUCGAUCGUCGGAGCUCAGGCAGGUUUUAGAAAAGGCGCGCCGAAGAGCAGAGGAGUUAAACGACAAGGAUGAAGUCAGCGUGUGAAUCAUAUAUUUUUCACAUUCCGCGGUGUGUGCGAGAAUGCCGCGAGGAUGAUGCAAUUAACGAUACAAACAAGCGUUACGUUAUGCGAAGACUGCGAAGUUGAAAAGAACGAAAGGUAAAAUAAAAUAAAGUAUUUUUGUCAUAAUGUUUUUUUGCAGAAAGUGAACAAAAAUACCGUUGAAUUUUAUUUUAUUUUAUCUCACACAUUGUGAUAAUUAGCUAAUUAUGAAUCGAAGCAAUAUCGCAUACCAAAGAAACGAAUGUUAGUAAGCCGGCAGGCUUCCAUUAAAUACCGGACGAUUACCUGUGAUGUCUUUUUUUGCGAAAAUACGAGCAAUAUUAUCCGUUUGUUGUAUUUUAAUGAACUUACUCAUAGAGAUAAGUUGUUUUCCAAUACGCUUUUUCGGAAUCGGAAACCCAACUAAGGGGUAUUUUCAACUAAGGUAUUUAAUUUGUUAUGUGAAUUUAUUGUACAUAUAUAUAAAUCAAAUUUCAACGUAACAACUUUAGCGACGUCGUAUCGAGCGCGUUAAAUUGAAUGUUGCGAAGCGAAUAUGCUACGAAUAUGCAAACGACACUGAGAUUAAAACGUAGUAAUUAAAAAAUAUGUAACUGAUAUGUAAUAUCUAUGACAAAAGUAUCGCAACAAUUUAUAUUUCACUUGUAAAAUAAAUUGUUAUAAAUUUAAUUUAAAAAAUAGAAAUAAUUUGCGUGAAUAUAUCAGUUUACAUAUUUCUGGUCCUUUAUUUUAUACGAAAUGAGAAAUAUCUAAAUUUGUAAAAGUCAAUCAAUCUUUACAUUAUCGAUUUGUUAAAUAAAGUCACCGAUUGUGUUAUUAUUGACGUCACAUUAUAUUUAUUUAAAGCGAUCACAUACAUUGCAGUAGACACAAAUGAAAUAAAUCUAAUUAUGCUUUAAAUAUAUUUUUUGCGAAUAUUCGACACGAGAUCAUAAAACGUGAACACAUUGCGAAGUGAAUUGUCAAUUCAAUAUCAUGCGCUGAGUUUCCGUGCUCCGAGAGAGUUUAGCUCGAUAUUAUAGACUUUAACAAGAGGUGCGAGAUUGAAGAAAUUUAAUUUGAGGAUUUAAAUAACAAAAGUGGAUUUUUAUUAAAGGAAUAUAUUUCGAUAAGAGGUUAUUCUUCGAUCUGAAUACAUCUUUUUCCGUAUAUUUCUAAUAAAUUCUACGAAUAAUUGAUGUAUAUUUUUUCGAAGAUCUACAACUAAUACUCCUUCAAAUAAAAUCGACAAUUCAGCUGAUAACAACACGUUAAAAUAUUUCUGUGACGUACAAGAUAUUUUAUAAAUCAAUGGUCGCAUUUGUGUUAUAAUUUGCUAAUUAAUAUUUGUUUUAAAAAAAUAAUCCCUUCCUCGAUUAAGCAGCUCUGAAUAAUUUUGCAAGAAAAGAACACAGGAAAGAAAGUAUUUUGCUAGUCAUAGUAAAUUUUUAGAGAAAGUGAGCAUUGUAAAUACAAAAGCUACAAAAAUGUUUCUACUCCACAAGUAAUCUUACGAUACAUACCCCGAUAACCGCUAAUGCAGAGAUGUCUAAAAAUGUCUGCAAAAUUUGGAUAAAAAAUGUCCUAAAAAACUUUUGAUUUCCAACUGACUUGUUAAAAAAUCUCCUCUCGAAAAUCGAUCCACAUCGACAACAGUAAAACAAAAAAACUUUGGUCUUUCACACCGACUGUUUUGCGUAAGCUCUAGUCGUACACGAUUUGAGAUUCUUACACAUUAGUGAUUACACAAUUAUUAUAUUCAUUAUGCGAUGAUAACGAUUAUGCGAUUACAAUUUAUUAUCUUUGUUACAUCCUAUAUCUUUAUUAUAGUGUCAAAUAAUCAUUUGUAGUAGUACUUUCAGACAUCCUAAGUGUUAACGUGGAUAAAGUAUUACCAGAGAGGGAAAGAUUGAUGAAGACACGCAGUAUUUCAGUAGCUUCAGUCAGAUAUAUAAAAAAGCGGAAGGAUUUCAUGUUACAUAGAUUCUUACAGAUCGGAAUGUUGGGAAAUUUGGAUUAAGUGAAAUGAUGAAUUAUGUGACACGCGAAGACGCGCAAAUCUGCGAACACGCCUCUCAACUUGAGAAAAAAUUCUAACCGUUUCUCAAUCAGUGAAUGUGUGCAUUUCUUAUAAAACACGAUUAUGUAGUUUUUUUUUCUUAUCGUGAUGUUUUUCUUACAGUGAUGGUAUAUGAGCGUUAUCUAAAAUUUGUGCGUCGUUUUUAUGUCGUGCUCGCGAACGCCGCGUGAAAAAGCGGAGAGGCUCGAUAAUUAUCGCUGCAAGCUGCUGAUAAGAUCUGCGUACAUCUACACACUCGACAGAGUCUUAUAUCGCUGGUACGUCUAUUAUUAAUCAGUGUAUAAAUCAUUCGACCUAGAUACGAUCACCGCCUCCUGGUAUAAUUGCGUCUAAGAUUCUACAGCAAGUAUAAAUUUAUCGAAAAUGCGAUUGUAAAAAGGCGAUCAAUGUUUCCUCCGGGUCACACGCUUAUGUUGACGACGUAAUGCUAAUUCAACAAUCACAAUCGAUUUAGAAUGCAACAUUCAAUCUCAACACUUUCAGUAAAACUAUGCGAAAACACAUGUAAACCUCUGCAAUAUAUUAGUUACAUAACAAUGGUUAUUUAAAUUAACAUAAACUAAAAUCGCAUCUUCAUAUGUACAUUUAACGUCCUAAUUAAUUGCGUUUACCGAAAUAUUUCCUUGCUGACCGUAAUUUAACGCAAUAAUUAACAUACUUUGUUGUGAAAUAAAUGAAAUAUGUGAACUGAAUUGAAAUAAAUAAAUAUAAAUAUA